GAGAGAGAGGAGAGAGAGAGAACGUUAGUGAGAGAAACCCCAAAACCAAAAGCAUCUUCUCUCUCUAGAGAGAGAGUUUUAGAGAGAGAGAGGGGGGUAGAGAGAGAGAGAAAAGGGGUGGUUAGAGAGAGAAAGAGAUAAUGGAGAAAAUUACACUUCGCCCAUAUCAUCAUCAUCAUCAUCAUCAUCAUCAUGGUAGGCUAAAAACGCUACCUUUCUCGAGGAGGCGCCCCCCCAAACCCUAACCCUAAUUCCCCAAUCCCCACCCCCCCUCCUCCCUCUCUCUCUCUCUCUCUCUCGAAUUCCUUGCUCCAGCACCAUCUCUCCGUCGCCCUCUUCCCCUCUCUCUCUUUUUCUCUUCUCCUCUCCCCUCCUCUCUCUCUCUCUCUCUCUCUCUCACUCUCUCGAGGGUCUCCUCGCCUUCAAUUGGAGCCAUUGUUGAGGUCAAGGUUCCUCUUCCUUCGAUUCGAAAACUACUCAUACUUGUUAGUUUGUGAGUUCAAGUAGUAAUUUUUUCCAUGGAAGGAGUGCAAUUUUCCGGAUUUGCGGCUCCGAAUUCGACGGUGAGGAAGCGGCGGAGUGUUUCUUCGAGACGGCCUCGGCCCGAGGCCCAGCUAAAUUCGGCGUUCCAUGAUAUCAUUUCGCCUUCUCCUACGCCUCCUCUGAGCAAUUUGAGGAGGUUCUCUCCCGAUGAUAAUGCGAGUUCGGAUAAUGGGUUUAAAAGGAAGGAGUUUUAUCUAAAUAACCCCCCUUUGAGGGGCUCUUCUGGUAAUAGAGCUGAUGCGUAUUACUUAGGUUCCGAUUUGAAGCGGUGUAGUGAGGGUGUUUUAUCGCCUGCUAACUGGAAAAGCUCGAGUAAGAUUAAGGAAAGCGCCGAAAAGGAAUACUAUGUAGGAAAGAGUGGUGAUGUUUACAGUAUGAGCCAGCAAAAUAUGUCCGGUGAAAAUAAGCUGAGAAAGGUUAAGCUCAAGGUUGGUGGCGUCACGCGGACCAUACAAACAAAACCCAAUUCGAUAGAUGCCUUUCGACAUCGCCAAAAGCUUAGUCCUCAGGGAGAUUAUUGGAAUGAUUCUGCUGGGUCGAGCUUUGCUCACGGGAUGAAGGAGAAUGAAGAUAAAAAUCAUAAUGUGCCCUCUUCUUCAGAGCCUGUUCGUAAGAGCAAAAGGGUCCCUAAAAAGCGGGUUUUGGAUGGCGAAUUCGACGAUGAGGAAGAUGAUGAAAUACGCUAUCUUGAAAAACUAAGGACUUCGAAAAUUGUCCUCGAUUGUUCUAUAGAGUUCGAGGACACUGGGGAGGAUAGCGUUAAGAAGAGGAAGCUAUCCAAGAUUCCUAAAAGUAGGAACAUGCCAUACGAGGUGGACGAGGAUUUUAUCGUGUCGCGAUCGAGCAGGGACGGAAGAAGGAAGUCAAAAUCGGGGCGGGAGACGAAUGAUAAUGAGUAUGCCGAAGAGGAAGAACCACCAAGUUCGGAUGGUGGACCUGAUGCCAAGAGGAAGAAGCAGAAGCCCGAUUCGCCUGUUGAGGCCCGAACCGAGCCCCUCACAACUCGCCAGCGAGCCCUUCAAUCAGGAAAGGGCGGGAACGGUGGAAGUUUUAUCGAGUUCCCCAAUGGUUUGCCUCCGCCUCCUUCAAGAAGGCAAAAGGAAAAGCUUUCUGAAGUGGAAAUACAGGCGAAGAAGGCGGAGGCUGCUCAAAGGCGUAAAAUGCAAGUAGAAAAAGCAGCUAGAGAAUCGGAGGCUGAGGCAAUAAGGAAAAUAUUGGGCCUGGACAAUGACAAAAAGAAGGAAGAGAAGAAGCAGAAAGAGCGAGAAGAAAAAGAGAAGGCGGCUAAAUCACAAAAAAUGGCGGAAAAUACCAUAAAGUGGGUCAUGGGACCAAAUGGAACUGUGGUUACAUUCCCUGCAAAUGUAGGCCUCCCAAGUAUAUUCAACUCGAAGCCGCAUAGCAGUUACCCCCCUCCGCGAGAGAAAUGUGCGGGCCCGUCAUGUACAAAUGAAUACAAGUAUCGCGAUUCUAAGACUAAACUUCCGCUUUGCAGUCUACAGUGCUAUAAGGCUGUUCGGGGUACUGCGCAGCCAUUAACAUCCUGUUGAAAAUUUCUUACCUCUUACAUUUUCUUUUCUUUUCUUUUCUUUUAUCUCUUUCUUUUUUCUGGGGGGGAAUACCCCCAUUGUGGUGUAGCAUUUGUGAUAAUCUUACCACCAUGAGUUGGCAGUUUCAGCUGCAAUUGAAGGCUUAUGUAAAAAAACACUUUCGAAAGUUAGGAAGUAGCAAUAUGAUGAACUUACUGAAGUUCUUUUUGCAGACCUUUUUGUGAUCUAAUGAUUAUCGUGUGCGUAAUUGUAUUGGCAAUUCUUAUCAUAUCCAAAAUUUAUUUUCGUAGUUGAUUGAA